AUGGGAGAGAAAGGUCGCCUAAACCGGGUGCUGUUGGAGUGCAGCCUCAGUGAUAAGCUGUGUGUUGUCCAGGAGCAUCAGUAUGAAGUAAUCAUCGUUCCAGCUCUCCUGGUUGGAGGCUUCCUCAUCCUUCUUGCAAUCAUCCUGUGGCUUUUUAUUAGAGGACAGAGAUCCCAAAGGCAGCACCCUGGAACACAGGGUACUGCCUCUGCACCUGCAUCUAGGGACCUAAGCCAGGAGGUGGCAGGACAAGGAGAAAAAGUAUUCCUGCCUCUUAAGGAGACCUCUGUGGAGAGCUUUUUACGAGCAGCCACACCGCCCCUGGCUAAGCUGCAGAUACCCAGAGAACAGCUUUCAGACGUUAUGGAGAAGAUCCGCAGUGGCAGCUGUGGGACCCUCUAUCACGCCAUGAUGACCACCAGGGACCACCCUACACCAAAGAGUGUUGUCCUCAAGGUUUUAGCAGAACCCGUUGGACUCCAGGAGGCCCAGAAUUUCAUAGGGCGAAUCCAAUUCUAUCAGUACCUGGGGAAACACAGGAACCUGGUACAACUGGAAGGAUGCUGCACAGAAAGGCUGCCACUUUACAUGGUGCUGGAAGAUGUGGUCCCAGGGGACCUGCUCAACUUUCUCUGGACCUGCCGUAAGGAUGUGAUGACCAUGGAUGGCCUACUCUAUGACCUCACAGAAAAACAAAUAUAUCACAUUGGAAAGCAGGUUCUUCUAGCCCUGGAAUUCCUGCAGGAUAAGAAUCUGUUUCAUGGGGAUGUGGCUGCCAGGAACAUCCUGAUCCAAAGUGACCUGACUGUCAAACUCUGCCGAUUGGGCCUGGCUUAUGAAGUCCACACCCAAGGGGGCAUCUCCUCUGCGCGCACCAGCACCAUCCCUCUCAAGUGGCUCGCUCCAGAACGUCUUCUCCUGAAACCUGCAAGCAUCAGAGGAGAUAUCUGGUCCUUUGGGAUCCUGCUUUAUGAGAUGGUGACUCUAGGGGCACCACCAUACCCUGAAGUCCCUCCCACCAGCAUUCUACAGUAUCUCCAGAGAGGGAAAAUCAUGAAGAGACCCAGCAGCUGCACACAUGCCAUGUACAGCAUCAUGAAAUGCUGUUGGCACUGGAGUGAGGACAGCCGUCCGUUACCUGCAGAACUGUGCUUGCGCCUAGAAGCUGCCUCUAGAUCUGCAAAUGACAAGGCUGUGUUGCAAGUGCCGGAGUUAGUGGUGCCUGAACUGUACGCAGAUGUGGCUGGCAUCCGUGCGGAGAACCUUUCCUACAGCUACAGUGUCCUUUGAAGAUGCCCCCAGAAAAGAGACUGUAUGUACUUGA